AGUUUGCAUGCGUCGGUCCUAUGACAUCAAUUCACAAAAGAUGGAUUACGAGAGUGUAAUUGCAAGUGAAACAAAAACUAAACGUAUCAAGAUCAUUGUUAUCGGAGCAAUUGUGAUACUUCUUCUACUGGCAGUAAUAGGCGUUAUUAUCUGGCUUAUUAUUCGUGCAAAAACGGUUGCUACAAAAAACGAAGAAGGAUGCUCAUUGGUCUGCAAGAAACCUGAAUAUUUGCAGCCGCACCCUCCACUUGUUGUUAUCUCACUUGAUGGUUACGCUCAUAAGUACUUAUCCCAGAAUAUACAGCCUACACUGGAUAAAGUAGCCGAAUGUGGGGUCAAGGCAAAGGUGUAUCCGUCGUUUCCUUCUGAAACAUUUCCAAAUCAUGUGACCAUUGCCACUGGUUUUUCUCCUGGUCAUACUGGCAUUGUGGGUAACUACAUAUACGACGUCAACAUAAGUUCUGUACCCGAAUAUCUAGGUACAAACUUUACGGAUGAACACCUUACGAAAGAACCGAUAUGGUCCGUUUACCAACGCGAAACGAAACGAAAAGCAGCAUCGAUUAUGUGGAUAGGAUCUGGCGUCAACACUUCACACUUCAUUCAACCGCAUUACUAUGUUCCCUACAACGGAGACAUGGGUGCAGACGAAAAACUUGACCAGGCGCUCAAUUGGCUUUUGCUUGGGGGAGAUGAGAGGCCUGGUUUGAUUAUGGUCUAUAACUUGGAGCCUGAUAAGACAGGACACGCAACCCCUGGUCCAGAGGUAUACGAGGCAGUUAAGUCCGUUGACAAAUCGCUAGAACGUUUUCUACAAAAACUAAGAGAUAACGAUAUCUUGGGUUGCGUAAACGUUGUCAUUCUAUCUGAUCAUGGGAUGGCACAGUUGAAAAAUCUUGUUAUAUUGGACGAGUUGUUACCCAGCUUGAAUGGUCUCGUAAUCACUAAUGGAGUAAAUACUUUGAUAUUCCAAGACAACUCAACGUUGACGGAUGAGAAGAUCAUGAGCUCUUUGACGUGCAAAGGAACAGAUGUUGUCCGAGUAUUCAACAAGACAACGGUUCCAGUCAGAUUCCAUUACAGCGAUUCGAACAGAAUUGGCGAUUACAUCGUUGUUGGACAGAGGGACGCCUACACAUACCUUCAUCGUGCAGACAUUAAGCCAACUCGUAAUGGUAGUCAUGGAUUCGAUUACAUAGAGCCUGACAUGCAUGCUAUUAUGUUUGCUCGGGGACCAAGUUUCAAGGAAGGAACUGUACUGCCACCUUUCAUGAAUGUUGAAUACAUGAACCUAUGGACAAAAUUGCUGCAGUUGUCAGAACGUGAAAAUGAUGGAGAGCCAGAUUUCAUGAAUUUGGCGUUAAAAACAGGCGGGACCUCACGUCCACGACAUACUUUAGUUCGAACAUGCGGACUGACUCCCGAUCUCACUGAAAAAACUUUGCAGACAAUAUGCGGCGAUUGUACUAAUGAAGACAAGCAAAAUUUUGCAAAUUGGGCCAAAAACCAAACUGCUGGAGUUUCUACAGCGGUGUCCGUCAAUUCAAUUACACAGAAUUUCUGUUCCGUAGCAGCAGGCAACGAUAUGGCAAUAAUGGACGUCAAUACAACGUACUUGGCAACUUUGAUAGAAUUGUACGAUGGACGCGAAGAGAAAACAAUCUCGAGUAAAUGUACAUUUCAUCUGACGAAACGACCGAAACUAUGCGCACAAGCUGAAAUAAAAGGCACCGAGUAUCGAACGCUGUCAGCUUAUCCUGGAAGAGUGCUAGCCAACGAUUACAGCCUCAUUAUCCCAUGGCAAUUGAAUUUCACCAAAGAGAUUCUUGAUCCCCUUAAUGAGUACACAAAGAGUAUUGUGAAGAAACUUGGCAAAGUGAUAUCAAUAACGGGAACAGUGUACAACGAAGACUACAAUGGAAAAUACAAUACAAGUAAAAAUCCUAGUUCGCCAUAUCCUACGCAUUUAUAUCGAAUACACAUUGCAUGUAACGGAAACUGGUCUACAAAUGGGUCUUCUUGUAAAGAUCCAGAACAAACAAAAGUUCUAUCUUUCAUCUUCCCUCACAUGAAUGGUAAUCCUAACUGUUUGGAGAAGAAUAAACUGCUCCUGCAAUACACAGCACGGUUGAAGGACGUCGAAAACAUCAGUGGGCAAUACAUCAACUUUACGAAUCUUGCUGUUAGGCAGCAGAUGUUGCUUAAGUUAAACGUAACUACUGAGUUAUGGUAACUUAUGUACUUUGUCGAAUUGAAACUCAUUGUUGUGGAAGCUCCCUUUAAAAUUUUUGUUUUACAUUGUCUGUCAUAAUUUCUCUAAAG